AUGGCUACAGAAGUAAAUCCAAGCUUGGAUUUCAACCAAGAUGCACGCAAUGCUGUUUUGCAAAGAAUAAUGGGUCUCAAACUUUUUGAUCUUCUUGCGGGUCUUGUCGUCGCGACAACUAGUCAACAAAUUUCAGAUACUGCGUAUUUGAAUUCAUACAACUCAUGUGGCAAUAAACUGCCGCAGAGUUCUGACGUUGUUGUUGUCGGCGGAGGAAUCCAUGCUUUGAUUUAUGCAAUUCACGCAAGGAGUUUGGAGCUUCAAAAUGGCAAGGGAAACCUCACAUCCCUAACCAUCCUAGAAAAGUCAGCCAGCCCAACUUACAAGAUCGGCGAGUCAACAUUAACAGUGUUUGGACUUUGGCUCAAAACUGUCGGGAUCCAAACUCCGAUGCUUUCAAGACUUUUUGGACCGAAAGAUGGCUUGGCAUUUUUCUACUUUUCCUCCGAAGGUGAUCCAGAAGAUUACACUCAGUUUGUGGCAAAUGGACCUGCUGCAGAUUUUGUACCAACACUCCAAGUCGAGAGAAAAAUCAGUGAACUGAUGCUCACACUCUAUGCGCAACGCCUUGGAAUAACAGUUCUUCAUGGAAGAGAGGUCGUUAUUGAUAAGAAGUCCACGGCAACAGACGAAAAUGAUGGAAUGUCUCUUCAAGUACGAGACUCCGAGACAAUGGUGGAAGAAUCUGUGGACGCGAAGCUGGUAGUUGAUGCCACAGGACGAUUCCACCGCUUCAUCUCGAAAGAGGCACGUAUUGAACGUGUAGAAGGGUUCAAUACGAAUGCGUACUGGGCGUACUUUGAACAACUAGGAGAUGAGUCUGAUAUACCAUUGAGACAUUACGAAAGUGUCAACACAAAUCAUAUAUGUCUGCCUGAAGGAUGGGCUUGGGUCAUUAGACUUCCUUCAUGGGAGGGUAGCUCUAUCCCUAACCUUACAACCAUGAUCAAUCAUCUGUUGGAUCUCAAUGCGGCCAAAGCACCAGCAGACUCCUAUCCUUCAGUACCUGAAUUAGUCGCGAGAUUCCAGGUCAAAUUUCGGUGGGUUGUUAGCAUUGGAUUUGCACUUCGUUCCGAUGUUGUUUACCCAGAGAAUCUUUCCAGCUUCGGAAGUAGCGAAGCGGAACAGAAGUUCAACUGGAUUGUUUCUCGAUACCAGAAAGUUACUCAACUAAUGGAAAAGCACAAACUUAUCGAGGAUCUCUACGGUCCCGGUACCACCUGGUUCGUGCGCAAGAAUUUGGCAUUCCGUGCCCCACGAGUUACUGGAAACAAUUGGCUGGCCAUUGGUGAUGCAACUGGUUUUACCAAUCCACUAUACUCCCCCGGCAUCAACGCGAACAUGAGCACCAGUAUUUAUGCCGCUGAAAUGACAAAGAACUAUCUCUCAGGGAAGAAUUCAUCCGUCAAGAAGGAUCUAUUCCAAAAGUACGAAGACUUUUGCAAAGACCGUGUUCCUAACAAUCAACGCAUGAACGUCUUCAACUACAUGUGUAUGCGAUCCCCACAGAUCGGACCAAUAGGACCUAUCUGGCAAUACUUAUGCGGAACCGGAAACGAAAAAUUUCAAAAUGCCAAGAAAUUGAAUCUGCAAAACGUGCAUGACUUUCUCACAACGUGGGAUUGGGGUUCCAACCAAGAGGAAUAUAUUACGUUCAGCAAACUGGCCAUUGAGAUACUGGAUGGACCUCCGCAUGCUAAGAUUUCCCAGGAAACUGUUGAUGAUGUCAAGAAACUUUCUGCUGAGCAUUUGGAAAGAGCGAUGGCCAGUGGCAAAUACAAGGGAAGAUGGGCGGGAUUGUUGCGCUGGUACGAUGAUGAUCUCAACUUUGUAGCGGACAAGAUUGACAGAGAUGUAUUGGCUAGAAGAUGUGUCACAUGUGGAGAGUGGAAAAUGUUGAGACCGGAUUGUAGGAAAUGUGUAUAUUGUGGUUGGGAACAUACCGUUGAGGAAAGUACGAAGGUUCUGUAUUGA